CGGGCUGCGGGGCCGGCCGGGCUCAGCGCGGUGCGCAGGCGGCGUCUCCGAGCAACCGGCAGCCGGAAGCGGGCGGCGCGGAGCGGUGUCCCACCCUCCAAGGAUCGCUGGCAUGGUCCUUAAGGUCUUCUUUCCUUCGUGCUGCUCCUCGGCAGAAAGCGGCAUUUUGAUUGGCCGCUGGAUCCCAGAGCAGAGCUCUGCUGUUAUCCUCGCCGUGGUCCAUUUCCCCUUCAUUCCUGUUCAGGUGAAGCAGUAUCUCAGGGAAGUCCAGCAGGUGACUAACGUCAACAUUUCUGUGCUCGGCUCAUGGAACAACAGCAAACAGGAGAAAGAAGAGAGUCUGAGUGAAUUCUUGGAAGACCUUGGGAUGAUAUUUUCUCAUGAGCCGUGGAUUCAGAUAAGCAAAGAGGGAGACAGCAAAUUCUGGAACUGUUCUACCCUUCAGAAACAGUCUGACAACCACAGAGAAGAAGAAAUCAUCUUAGUGUAUUAUGACCAGCGUAAAGUCAUGCUUUCCCAUCUGCACCCCCCCUUGGACACAGCUGACCUCGGGGCAGAGGAUGCCUCCAAGCUCUCUGCCAUCUUUAACACAGUUGCAAGCAGCAAGGUGCUCUUCAUGACAGACAGGUACGAUGAUGGGCCCAUUAAGAUGACCCACUGGCAGUCGGAUGGCGUUGAAGCGAGUAUCAUUGUGGAGCUGAUGAAGCAGGCCUCAGUGCCUGCCUGCAUGCUGCUGACCUUCCUGCUUUCACUUGUCUCUGGUGUCUGCAACAGCAGGGUGCUGAAGUUUUGGCCUUUGUCUUUCUUGUGGAGCAAACUGUCAACCUGUGAGCAGCUGGGCCAUCGCCUGCAGCACCUCCAGGUCAUCAGCAGCAGCAAGAAGGCUCAAAACCAGACCCAGCUAAUGAGGAAAGCCAACAUCUUUGUCUCUCUGCUGAUUGAUGUGGCUCUGGGGAUACUGCUAAUGUCCUGGCUGUACAGAAAGAACCAGAUCGGUCACCUUGCUGACACUCUCAUCCCUGUGGCUGAUCACGUAGCUGAAGAGCUGCAGGACCUGCUCCAGUGGCUGAUGGGAGCACCAGCUGGGCUGAAAAUGAACCGAGCUUUGGAUCAGGUGCUGGGUCGGUUCUUCCUUUACCACAUCCAUCUCUGGAUUAGCUACAUUCACCUGAUGUCCCCAUUCAUCGAGAUGAUCCUCUGGUAUGUUGGUCUGUCAGCUUGUCUGGGUCUGACCGUGGCUCUCUGCAUCCUCUCUGACAUCAUUGCACUUCUGACCUUCCACAUCUACUGCUUCUAUGUCUAUGGAGCGAGACUCUACUGCCUGAAGAUCUAUGGCCUGUCGUCUCUCUGGCGCUUGUUCCGUGGGAAGAAGUGGAACGUCCUCCGGCAGCGGGUGGAUUCCUGCUCCUAUGACUUGGACCAGUUAUUUAUUGGCACAUUGCUAUUUACCAUCCUGCUGUUCCUUCUGCCUACAACUGCACUGUACUAUUUGGUGUUUACCCUGCUCCGUUUGCUGGUGGUGGUUGUGCAAGGCCUGAUCCACUUGCUGGUUGACCUGAUUGACUCUCUGCCUCUUUACUCAGUCAUCCUUCGGUUCUGCAGAUCCUACAGACUGGCAGCUGGUGUGAAGUUCAGAGUCCUGGAGCAGAAGGAUGGAAAACCUCUUCGACUCCUUAUGCAGAUCAACCCUCUAUCAUAUGGCAAUGUGGUACAGACAUACAGGCUGCCAACCUACAGCUGUUACCCCAAGGAUUCCUGGGCGUCCCUCUGCAAGAAGCUGUUCCUUGGAGAGCUGAUCUACCCUUGGAAACACAAAGGAGAGAAACAGGAGUAAAAAAACCCCAAAAAACAAACAACAACAACAACAAAAAAAAACAACAGAAGAGCCAGGACUGAAAGGCUUGGUUAGAAAAACAUAUUGACUCCUAAUGCUUUUGGACCAAAGGUAUCUCAGAGCCAGCAGCUGUUGGAUCCUUUUAAUUACAUUUUGGUAACGUGGGAGGGGCUGAAUUUUUAAAGACAAAUAUUUUUAGAUAUUAUUCUUCAACUUUCCAUUUCCCCUACUGUGUGUUUGGACUGGUUUGGUUUCCAAGCUGUUUCUUGUUAAUGCAGUGUUCAUCCUACCUGAGAUGUCUGCCUGCUGGCACCAGGGGCUAAUGAUUAUUUUUGGAGCAAAAGGUUAAACCCAUCAGUGCCUCAUGGAACCAGCAUUUAUUGUAAUCAAGAAAGUACCUCCUGAGUAUUUGAUGAUGUAUACAUCUUUUUGUGUGAGUUCACAGAGCCAUAUUAAAAACAGCCCUUUUGGUGGUUCAAAA